AUGCAGCCACAAACCUCUCCACGCCUACCCGGCGUCCCCAUCCUAAAACUAGACUCCAGCGGGCCGGAGUACUCUCGCUGGCGACGCAGUCUCCAGUUCGCGCUGGAAUCGAAAGAUACUUGGAAAUACUGCAAUGGCGCUCUACCCAUGCCUAUGCCAAAGGCACGGCCAUUUCCAGACAUCUCCUCAGAGGAAACGAAAGACGUAGAGCCGAGUCUGCUCGAGGAGCGAAGAGCAUGGGUUCGACAAGAUCGCGAGGUCAAGCUGGACAUGUUUCUUUCCGUGGCAGAGGAAGUGAUGCAGGAAGUCUUCGAAGUCGGGCCACCCCUACCUCCCAUCAACCACACUUCGCAAGAAAUGCUGCAAGCAUUGGACGAUAGUUUCGGUGUCUUCAGCUUUUCUGGAUACCACCACGCAUUCUGCCACUUCCUAAACCUACACAUCGACCAGUACGCAAGCAUCCAGGACUUCAACACUGAAUUCACGACGGUACUGGAAGAUCUGAUCGACUACGGUCAUCCACUCUCCAACACACAAGCAUGCAGCGCGUACCUCUCUAAGCUGCGAUGUACGCAGAACCCGGGGGUAGCGAAGAAGUUGGAGGAGUUGGACACACUGUCAACAGAACCGGACAUCCACGACCUCAUGCAAGAGUCACUUUCGUGGCCAUGUAUCCGCCCACUAGCGACGAAGUCCUCUCAGGUAUUUCAGGUGCAACCGGUGUCAGAGGAGUGCCGUACGGAUAACGGAAGUCACUCCCAUGGCGACCCACCUGGUCUCUCAGACACCUCCACCGUAUCGUCGGAAGGGUCUCGUUCAAGGCAGCUAUCCAUAAAAGUCAACCACCCGCAGUGGGCCGUUACGCGAGCUUCUGACAACGUCGAUCCGCAGGACCUGCGUGAAGCAAUCGAGAAACUACUCACCACGGGCGAAGCGGAUCCUUCCAGUCUGAAUUACGAUGCGUCAGCGAUAUCAGCAUGCGCAACCCCGGAUUGGUUGAAGGCACAAGAGAAGGCAUUCUCCAAGCCACUUCCGAUAGCAGAGCCACCGGCCCCUACUGAGUCACAUACUCUACGAAAGACCGCCUCCGAGUCGCGCGCGCGAUCCGCUUCACCACGGCUCCUGUCUCCACUGUCCAGAACCGUGUCGCAAACAAGUCUGACUGUACCAACCAUGACGACGCGUCCACACUCCGCAGACACAUCAGCCAGGUCAUCCCAACACGUUCAGCGACAACCCAGGCCACCAAUGUCAGUGUGGAGAGCACCAACAUAUCCGCCACCAGCACUGUCUGACCAUCCGGCUUUCCGAGACAAUCCCUUUCUACCCAAAGAGCGUGCGCAAUCAGAUUCCCUCCUUGUGGACGCGAGUAGACCUGAGCCUAGACCCGACGACUAUGAACCACCUCAUUCAGCACCACUACCGCACCCAUACCAGUACUCGGCUUACUCGUCAAACAGCAGUAGCGCGAUAAGCUUGCCCAUCCAAGGAACGAAUGAGUCGUCAUGGAGCUACGGUAGCAACAACAGCGAUGACAUAGAAGAACACAUACUAUCGCCCGUCGCAUCUUCCAUGCUUCUCCCACCCAUGGAGGAUAGGUUCGUUACGAUACAGCGAAACAAUGCCCCUCUCCCGCCUCUACCCGUAGACACGAACGUCCUACGAUGGCGCACACCAACGUUCGACGAUCUUGUCCCGCCACCGCCCCCGAAGAAGAGCCGUCUGCGUAAAACAUCUUCGACUCUCGACAUGUUGAAGCGGCUCAGUGGAGACAGUCUCCUGGAAUCGAGUGACGAGGUACGGGAACGUGAGGAGAAGAAGCAUCGGGAAAAGGAGAGAAAGGGCAAAAGCUGGAGUAUUGGCAGUAUUGCGAGGUUUACGCAUAGCAAAGGGGUUAAGUAG